AAAAACUGAAUUAUAUGUUGUUUGGAUUCAGUUUGGAUUGGAUUGGAUUUCGUUUAUUUGGAUUCAGUUUGGAUUAGAUUGGAUUUCGUUUAUUUGGAUUCAUAUGUUGUUCAUGUGUGCGUGUGAAAAUUACGGCAACAAAAACUGAAAUAUAAAAGGAAGCCGAGAAGUCACGACUGAUUCAUCUGUUUUGAUGGAGGUCCCAACACCCACUACCACCACCGCCGCUGAUGCCGCCAUCACCACCUCUGCGCCGACAAAGACCGACCCCACUCCACCGCUUCCGGCGCUGGAGACAAUUCCUCCGCCGUCCGAUCCCAAAAAGUCACCGGAUUUCGUCACCGUCCCCAGCUAUUCCCGUUGGUUCAAAUGGAAUGAGAUUGACGAUUGCGAGGUGCGGCAUAUGCCGGAGUUCUUCGAGGGGAAUUCAGCUUCAAAGAACCCUAAUGUUUACAAGUAUUACAGAAAUGCCAUUGUUAGCAAUUUCAGGUCUAACCCUUCUAAGAAGCUCACUUUCACUGAGGUCAGGAGGUGGCUCGUCGGAGAUGUGGGGUCCAUUCGCCGCGUCUUUGAUUUUCUUGACACGUGGGGCCUCAUCAAUUACUCCCCGCCCUCCGGUAAGCCGCCUUUUAAGUGGGAGGACAAGGAGAAAGAGAAGGAGAAGGACCGAGAACCCGCCGCUGUACCUUCUGCUGGGGCUGCUACUACUGCUGCUGGGAAUUCCAAUAUUCGGAAAUCUAACAAAAUGUGCAGUGGUUGUAAAGUUGCUUGCACUAUUGCCUGCUUUGUUUGUGAUAAGCAUGACCUGGUGCUCUGUGCAAGGUGCUAUGUUCGUGGCAAUUACCAGGUUGGUGUUAAUUCUUCAGAAUUUAGACGGGUUGAGAUUAGUGAACCAGUGAAGACCGACUGGACUGACAAAGAAACUUUACAUUUGUUGGAAGCCGUUAUGCAUUAUCGUGAUGACUGGAAGCGUGUGGCUGAACAUGUUGGUGGUAGAACUGAGAAAGAAUGUAUUGCUCGUUUUAUCAAGCUUUCUUUUUGGGAAAAAUUUGCAGAGCCUGCAGGUAUGGGUGAGGAAGAAAGCAUGUCAAGUAAGGGCCAAGUGGAUGCUGAAUCUGGUACAGAACCCCCUGCAAAGAAAUUGCAUCUUUCACCACUUGCUGAUGCUAGCAACCCAAUAAUGGCUCAGGCUGCAUUCUUGUCAGCUUUGGCUGGUAUUGAGGUUUCCGAAGCUACUGCUACAGCAGCAGUGGCAACUCUAUAUAACACAGACCGUCUAAUAAGCAGCAGCAAGGGCAGUGGUCAAUUGCAGGUCCAUUCGAUGAAAGUGCAAGAUCCUGCUAUAGAAGCCAGUGGUGGCAUAAUUUGUACUCCAGAAGAAGCUCGUGUAGAGGCGGAGUCCUUGCUUAAGCAGGAAGAAGACGAGUUUUUAAAGUCAAUAGCUGUCAUUAUCGAAGAUAAGAUGAAAGAGAUCCAAGAUAAGAUAGAUCGUUUUGAAGAAAAGGAUUUGCAAUUGGAAAGGGAACGACAUCAAUUACAGCAAAUGAAGCACCAGCUUUUUAUAGAUAAGCUCACUCUUUUAUUUAACAAGGCUGCUGCUUCUAAAUCUGCAGAAAAUUUUACAGAAGAGAUUGUGAGAACAGAAUUGCCUUCAUCUAGAUAGCUCAGUCAUUUUGUGUAGUUGCAACGUGUAAAAUUCGUCAAAGCCAUGGUAGCUAAUUGUUUCUUGCAGUUUAAAGUAGAUGAAUAUGUUACAUGUAAUUUAGGAAUCAUUUGAAUUUCGCUCUUAUAUUAAGUAGAAACAUUAGUAAAGUGUUGUACACUUGGAGCCUCCUCUUAUGUGAAAUGAAGUAGUUAGGCUAAUAUGUUAGCCACCUAACAGUCAAUAAAAUAAAAUAACUAUGGACUCAAAAAAAGAUAUAUUUAAUUUUUUUUUUCCUAA